AUAAAGGCUGUGGUACCUCGAACGGAGGUUUUCUUCUGUGUAGCCUACAUGCAGCCUCGAGGGGACGGGCCUGCACGUCCACACCCAGUGCUUCUCCUCUCCUUGGAAAAGCCCAUUUGCUGCUGCGCUCGUCCAAUCGCUGGAUGCCGUCGGCUGGUCCAGCGCCGGAGCUCACUCGACGCUUCACUGAACCACUGCUCCCGUGUCCCAGUCUCCCUCUCCUCCCGCCGGCACCGGGGAGACCCCCGUCCCGUCUGCCAUGACUCCAUAUGCGAUCAAAGCGCACUCGCAGCGACGCUUUCAAUGACCGCUUGGACGCUCGGCUGCGUUGACGCACACGCGACACAGGAUCCGCUCGGGUUUGCGUAAAAGCAUCGUGACACUGGGACAACAUGCAGGAGAAGCGGACGGACAGCCCGACUCCUGCUUCAUCGAGAGCGUCCUCGUUUUUUAUCGAGAACCUCCUGGGCAAAGGGCGGAACAGGCACGAGUCGACGUCGGAAGGGAGUCCCGGGGAAGACGGUGCGGAGACCAGAGUCCUGGGCACACAUCAAGCCGAGGCGAGCGCUCCGGCGCCUGAUGGCUCCGGUUCCAAAGCCCAGUCCCCGUCCAGAGUCUCGCCGGUGCGGUGGUACCGCGGGGGGGCUGUCUUAAACUUCAAAGCGUUGGAAGCACCACAGAGUCCGAGAGACACUCCCAGCUCAGACGACCACUGCUGCUCCAUCUCGACCAGUGACAGGUGCUCCCCCGCAGUGUCCGAGCCCAUGACGGAGGGCAGCGACGACACCGACCGGAAAACAGGCGACAGCAGUCUGACCGACGACAACGUUGACGCGCGCUCGGAGCCGGACGCGGCCUCGGACCCGCGCUCCACCCGGAAGAAGAAGACUCGGACCGUGUUCAGCCGCAGUCAGGUGUUCCAGCUGGAGUCCACCUUCGACGUGAAGCGGUACCUGAGCAGCUCGGAGAGAGCGGGGCUGGCGUCGUCUCUCCACCUGACGGAGACGCAGGUGAAGAUCUGGUUCCAGAACCGGAGGAACAAGUGGAAGAGACAGCUGGCGGCGGACCUCGAGGCCGCGCACAUCCCACACUCGACCCAGCGGAUUGUCAGGGUCCCCAUUCUGUAUCACGAGGGGCCCGCACCCACGGCAGCGCUGGGUUUUAACCUGAGCGGGCAUCCCCUUUCUCCACCCGGCUUCUCCAGCUCCAUGUACCCCCUGUCCUCGUUCGCUCACUCCAUGAGCAUGUUGAGAUCGCAGAUGAGCGGGCUGGUGUAGUCCGCCGGUGUCAAACUGGACUUCACCCUGGCAAAUACUGAGUCGUGCAAUAACCCACAAAGGGACUGCAUCCAAAGAGGAGCCCUUACUGCUAGAUCACCGGGAUCGGGAUUACCUGUGCUCCCGUCACAGACUAACCUGGCGAGGCCGGACCUGUGUAUGUACCCUACUGGAUCUUUGAAUACACGCGUAUUUUUGCAAACU